GCUAAUUUAAGACGCAGGAGCUACUGUGAGUCUAUGUGCCUGCACUGACUGACAGUGACUGACUGAGCAACUUCCCCCGCUCAUCAGAAUUUUCUCUUCUUUUUUUUCCUCGUCUCAAUUUUAUCUUCAUCACUAUAACGUCCUUUUGAUGUGGACUUUAUUUCGGUCAGUGUGAUUCCAGCCCUACACGUGGUUCUCCCAGGCCUCUGGAACUGUCAUACAUCACCAUCACCAGCUGAGAUUGGCUCUCAUUCUGAUACUGCACCACUUUCCCCGUGUCAGCCUAACCCAAAAGGGGUUAGCCAUGCGAACUGCGUCUCCUAAAAACUCCUCUUCUCGUUAGCCAGCACACAAGGCUCUACUCUAUUGUCACCACCACUCGUCCCUCGACGGUGAACUUGAGCCUCAACUUUAAUCGUCGCCAGGCGGUGCGAAAUUCCUCGGGUCCCUGGGACUCGUGAGAGAAUUGUCUCUACCAUCUCCAUACUACGUAGGUGGUGAGCAGCUUCACGAUGCAACGUCGACUCUGAGAUAAAUUAGGCAGAAUGACGAUGGUCUUCCAGCGAUGAUCGCCUCCACCAACAAGGAGUAGAUCACGACGUCGAAUCCGGCCACUUCAUAACAGAUACAAGAAUCAUCAAAACCCACAUGCAGGUCUAGUCAAACAGCUGAACCGCCGAUCUCUCACCACGUGUCUUCGAACGCAACCGCCUAUCAGCACUACGUUGAUCUUGAGGCACAACGUCUCGCUUCGUGAAGCCACAGCCGCCUCCUUAAUUCAACCUCAUUCCAGACGCGCCAACCUUUCUUUCUCACCUCUCCAAUGGGCAACAUUGGCCGUCCCAGUUCCGGCUGCGGUCUAUGUCGAAAACGGAGAGUCAAGUGUGACGAAGGCCGCCCUUCUUGUCGUAAUUGUACCAGACUCAAUAAGCCAUGCCCUGGUUAUCGUGAGCCUGGCUUUGGCCUAGUGCGCACCACCGUCUUUACUCCCCCUGUCGCCAGUCAGACUCAUAGGACGUCCUCGCCACCAGAUAGUAUCGCCACCUCCUCGUCCGAUCGUCAACGUUCCUCCACCAGCGAAAGCAGUGACUCGUCACAAUCCAGCACCAGUGAACCCGUCGACUUUAAACAGCUCCUUCCUCAGAACUCCGCCGUAUCCAUACCUGGCUCUGUCAGCGAUGUCCCUAGCCUUAUUGAGCAAUCAGUAUGGUAUUCUCUCAGUCAAAUCGACAUCAACUCCAGUGUGCUCUAUGGCAACACCUCCUUUGAGUUCAUCCCCGAGCUCCUAGCCCGCUCGAGUUCCGGCUCCUACCUCCACGCAGCAAUGCGCUCAGUCGGCACGACUAAUCUAGCAAAUCGUUCACCCACCGUCGAUCUUUCUAAGAUCGUGGACUCAACAUACCAAAGAGCUAUCUCGGGCAUCACACGUGCUUUGGCAGAUCCUCAACAGUGCCUCAAGGAUGAGACCUUAGUGGCAGUCUUCUUGUUGUCUAUCAGAGAGAUUCUCGCUGGUGCAACCGGUUCGUCAACUGGCUCCGCGUAUCGUUCCUCUAUGCACGUAACACAUAUUGAAGGCAUCUUGAUGUUACUCCGAGCCCGUGGAGAUGCACAGUUUGCCACUCCAGAGGGUCGUCACCUUUAUGCGACCCUCCUGUCGUCGAUGCACUGGAACCCCUUAUUCGACAGCGAAGAGCCUGCUCCAGAAUAUCUCGUGCUUGAAGCCCAGACCUCCAAAGCCAUGUUUGUGCCUCCCGCAGCACUCAGGCUUCGAGCCUUCUUCCACGGAGUGUGUAAACUCCGCCAUCGUAUCAAAAACUUUCUCCUACGUCACAAAAGUCAACCCAUUGACGUCCAAGGCAUCGUUGGAUCCUACCUCAAAGCUGCCGCACGCCUAGAAGAGAAGGUUGAUGGCUGGUGCGACAUUCCACCAUGGAUGCCGGUAAAGGUUGAUCUCAGCACCACCCCUCGUUCGAAAUACCGAACCCCAUGGACAUCGGGAAAUCUUUACCGCCUUUCCUCAUUUACAUCCUUCCCGGCAUUUUUCCAUUGGAAUCGAUAUUUCGUCACCAAAAUCCUUCUCCAUGCUGCCAUCGUCGACGUUCUUUCCGACAUCACUCCAGACCUAGUGUUCGAUGACCGAGAUGUGAGCAGCUUGAUUUGGGAACACAUUGAAACUAUCCACGACACAACACGCGAAUUUUUAGGCCUCCUUGGCUACGCAUUUGGCGAUGUCGAUUCAAAGGGCCGUGUUCGCCCCACGCCUACCCCAUACAUCAGCGACGGUGUAGCCCGAGAGCAUCGAGGCAUCGAUGUUAUUGCCGUUUUGCAGAUUGAGCCACCAUUAACAUUUUUGGUCUCGCUCAAAGAUCUAGGCCCGGGCCAGAGGGAGGCCAUUUUCCUGGCUUUGCAACGGAUCAGAGCCGAGUUUUCUUUGAGAUGAUGACAGAUGAGACUUGAGAGAAUAAGUAUCGAUGAAAUCACCUUCCGUGAAUGAAGACUCCGAUAUGAUAUGAUGCGGGGAAUGAGGCAAUGAAAAACACCCAAGAACCAGAAGAGGGUUUAUCCACCCCGAUUUCUCGUACACUGGUGGAUGAAAUCUAUUUUGAGCGUAAUUGAGCGGAGCGAUUUGGCAAACGUUAUACAGUCAAAAAAUAGUUGCACGGCCUACAGUACACGUGUACGUCAGCGAAAUUCUAGCUUUACGACAUGGCAAAGAUGCUGCAGACUUGAAUAGAAAUAUUCCCACAACCUCUGGUCUGUGGGAAUCCAUUCCAGAAAUCUAAA